AUGUUCUCCGGGUUCUUGCUUGUUCUUUCUCUUGUUCACAGUGCUUUGCAGCUGGCAGACAUUGAAACAUUUUUAAUAUAUAAUAAAGUCAACAAGCUCUGCCUUCAGGCAUCUGUCAUGCAGUCAGUUAGAACUGCCACUUGCCAUCAAGACAAUGAAUCACAAAAAUUCAGGUGGAUCACUGAUCAUCAGCUUAUGAGUGUGAGACUGAACCUAUGCCUGGGGGUGCAGUCAAAGGAGGAUCAGGCUGUGAUCACCCUGUAUCCUUGUAAUCGAACAAGUGAGCUCCAGUGGUGGGAAUGCAGAAAUGAAAGCCUCCUUGCAAUCCAAGGAGAAGAUUUGUUUUUCAGCCCUGGCAAUGAAGAACAUGAUAAUGUUUUGUUAAAGCGGGGGCUGAGUGCAAAGAAUAAGUGGAAGAUCUACGGGGACACGGAUGUUUUAUGUUCCCAGGGAUAUGAAGAGACCUUUACACUGCUAGGAAAUGCUUUUGGGGCACCCUGUAUAUUCCCUUUCAUGUACAAUAAGCAGUGGUACGCCAAGUGCACAGACGCUGGUCGGUCAGAUGGUUGGCUCUGGUGUGCAACCACUGCAGACUAUGAUGCAGACCAGCGAUAUGGAUUUUGCCCAUCAGAAGAUAAAGACACCACCUGGACUACAGAUCUGUUAACAAACGUUCGCUAUCAAAUAAACUCUGAAUCAGCUCUCACAUGGCACCAAGCCAGGAGGAGCUGUCAGCAGCAAAAUGCAGAAUUAUUGAGUGUCACAGACAUUCAUGAACAAACAUACCUUAAAGAGUUAACAGAAGGUACAGAUUCUGCACUGUGGAUUGGACUCAACAGACUGGACUUGAGGAGUGGAUGGGAGUGGAUUGGAGGCAGCCCUUUCCAGUACUUAAACUGGGCUCCAGGAAGCCCCUCUCCUGAACCUGGAAAACUCUGUGCGGUUUUGAAUCCUGAAAUAAAAGCGAAAUGGCAAAAUUGGGACUGUGAUCAGAAACUUGGUUACAUUUGUAAGAAAAGAAACUUUACCUCAGUUCCCUCAGGUGACAUUGGGUCUGUUACUUGUCCAGAUGGAUGGGUACCAUACAUAGGUCACUGUUACAAGAUCUUCAGGGAGGCCAAAGGAUGGGAAGAAGCUUCAGCCUCUUGUCAGAAGGAAGGGAGUCACCUAGCCAGUAUCCAAAGCCUUGAGGAGCACAGCUUUAUGGUGUCUCAGCUUGGGUACGAGCCAACAGACAAGCUAUGGAUUGGGCUGAAUGAUCAUAAGGUUCAAAUGUAUUUUGAAUGGAGUGAUGGUAUGCCAGUGACAUACACUAAAUGGCAUCUAGGAGAGCCAUCCACCACAAACAACAGGCCAGAAGAUUGUGUACUGAUCAAGGGUCAGGAUGGCUAUUGGGCAGACUAUGUCUGUGAGAAGAAAGCUGGCUACAUUUGCAAAAGAAAACCUGUAUCACAAAUAGUUGGAGAAAAGGAAAUUACUGAUGCAGGUUGCAAAAAAGGCUGGAGAAGAUAUGGGACCUACUGCUAUUUUAUUGGACAUGUUCCAGCAACAUUUUCAGAAGCAAACACCACUUGUGAAGGAGAAAAAGGUUACUUAGCCACAGUUGAAAGCAGGUAUGAACAAGCCUAUCUGACUAGCCUUGUUGGGCUGAGGCCUGAGAAAUAUUUUUGGCUUGGUCUCUCUGACAUGGAAGACCAAGGCACUUUCAAGUGGGCCAAUGGUGAAGCCGUCUUGUUCACACACUGGGAUGCAGCAAUGCCUGGAAGUAAUCCAGGAUGUGUAGCUGUAAGAACUGGGACUGCAGCUGGAUUAUGGCAUGUUCUUGACUGUGAAACAAAACAAAAAUACAUCUGUAAGCAGUGGGCAAAGAAUGCAACAGCUCCACCUAUUCCAACUACAGCUCCAGUCCCCACAUGCCCUGAAGGCUGGGUAUCAAACAACCAUAGUAGUUUCUGUUUUAAA